UUCCACAGCGCUCAGCAUGGCUGGCUUCGCCGACUUGAACCUCCCGCAGGGGUCGGACAAGAAGUCUCUGCACGGUCUGCUGGAGACCGCAGCACACUUGGGAUAUUCUGUGGUUGCUCUGAAUCAUGUCAUCGAUUUUAAAGAAAAGAAACAGGAAAUCGUCAAGCCAGUAUCUCCUUCAGAGUUGUUUCCAUCUUUGCCUGUUGUGCAAGGGACAUCUAAAAGAAUUAAAGUUUUAACACGGCUAACACUUAUUAUUUCUGAUCCUUCCCACUGUAAUCUAUUGAGAUCAACAUCUCCAAAUAUAAGGUUAUAUGACAUCAUAGCAGUAUUUCCGAAGACUGAGAAACUGUUCCACAUCGCUUGUACAACUCUAGACGUGGAUCUGGUAUGCAUAAAUGUAACAGAAAAACUGCCAUUCUACUUCCGAAGGCCCCCUGUGAAUAUGGCAAUAGAUCGAGGCAUUUACUUUGAACUUCUUUAUACGCCUGCCAUCAAAGACUCCACAAUGAGAAGAUACACAAUUUCAAAUGCGAUCAGCCUGAUGCAGAUCUGCAAAGGAAAGAAUAUUGUCAUAUCUAGUGCAGCUGAAAGGUCUCUAGAACUACGAGGUCCUUAUGACGUGGCUAAUCUAGGUUUGCUGUUUGGCCUGUCAGAAGGUGAAGCCAAGGCAGCUGUAUCUACCAACUGCAGGGCCACCAUGCUUCAUGGAGAAACUCGGAAGAGUGCCUGUGGGAUAGUGUACACAGUGAAGAAGCCUCGCAAGGUUGAGGAGGAAGAAACACUGCCAGCCUGCAAAAAAGCUAAGACUCAAGCUUGAGGACUGAAUCAGUUGUCAACAAGAACCUCCAUCCCAUCUUUACCCAGUGUUGAGACUUCUUCCUCCCUCCAGCUACUCCCAUUCCUCCCUUACUAAUUUAUUUAGCCUGGAGAAGAAUUCUGGUGCUCAAGUGAGGAAAGCUGUGGGAAUGAGGCUGCUGUAUGGUAGUUCACCACACCUAAAAGGUCAUGCUGGGCUUCUGGCCAAGGUCAGGAGACUCUCUCUCCACCCUGUCUUAGGUCUUCUGAAGAUAGUGCAAACUCAACACGAUAUUUAUAACAGAAAUUUUCAGUUGUACAAGUGCAUUCCUUUUUAAUUAAAAAUGUUUCUAAGAA